AUGAGGUUGACGGAUGAUUCUCGCAGAGCUUCGUCGUUGCAGGACGAAGAGAUGCACACCGCCGCUUCACAGACGGGCUACAGGGUCUACAAGAGGCGAUUCUGGGGUCUCGCGCAGUUGGUUUUGUUGAAUAUCAUUGUUAGCUGGGAUUGGCUCACCUUCUCUGCCAUCUCGACCACCACCGCGGAGUAUUUCCGGGUCUCAGAAAGCGCCGUUAACUGGAUGAGCACCGCGUACCUAUUUGCUUUCUGUCUUGCCAGCCCGCUCGUCAUACUUACCCUUAACAAAGGCGGUCCUAGACCCGCCAUCAUCACCACAUCCAUCCUGGUGCUCGUGGGAAAUUGGAUUCGAUAUGCCGGCACCAAGGCGAACGGCGGCAUGUUCGGCCUCGCCAUGUUCGGCCAGAUCCUCAUCGGACUGGCGCAGCCGUUCUGUCUCAGUGCUCCGACGAGAUACAGCGAUCUGUGGUUCUCGGAUCGGGGUCGCAUCAGCGCGACGGCAUUAGCAACCCUAGCAAACCCUCUUGGAGGAGCAUUGGGCGAGUUGAUUGAUUCAGUCUGGGUGUCGAAACCGCACGAUGUUCCGGAUAUGGUGCUGUAUCUCUCCAUCAUUUGUCGCCUCGAUUCCCUCAUUCUUUAUCCCCUCGCGCCCACCAACACCCCCCAGCGUAUCAUCAUCAACGCCCAAAACCCCCUCCUCCCCGCCAUAAUGCAGCUCCUCAAAACGCUCGAAUUCUGGCUCAUCUUCAUCUCCUUCUCCAUCUACGUUGGCUUCUUCAAUAGCGUUUCCUCGCUGCUGAACCAAAUCCUCUCCCCGCACGGUUUCUCAGAGACCCAAGCCGGCAUAGCAGGCGCCAUUCUCAUUGUCGUUGGCCUCGUCGCCGCAGCCAUAAUCUCCCCCAUAAUAGACCACUACAAGCACUACCUGGCCACGAUUAAGAUCCUGGUCCCCAUUGUGGCGAUCUCGUACAUAGCUCUCAUCUUCGCCCCAGAUAGUCCCGCCGGGAUCGGCCCUUCGUAUGUCGUGCUCGCUAUCAUGGGCGCGUCUUCCUUUGCUCUACUCCCUGUUGUUCUUGAGUUUCUCGUUGAGAUCACUUAUCCCUUUUCCCCUGAGAUAGGGAGUACCAUUUGCUGGACCGGGGGUCAGUUGUUAGGCGCUGUGUUUAUUAUUAUUCAGGAUGCGUUGAAGGCGGGUCCAAAUGCGUCCCCGCCGGACAAUAUGAAGCGUGCUUUGAUCUUUUCGGCGGUUGUUUCGGUCGUUCCUGUGCCCUUGGCUGCUUCUAUUGGGCUGUUCGGGAGGGAGGUUAGACGGAGACGACUCGAUGCUGAUCGUGCUGUUGCAGCAGCAGUUGGGGAUGAGGAGGUGGGGGAUUCAGCCACUGUGGAUGUUGUGGUUAAUGCUGAUGGUAGGAAAUAA